AUGACAAAGAAGUAUAGCAAAGUGAAAAACGUAGUCAACAAAAUGUAUAAUGAAAAGAAAGAAUUUAGCAAUGAUAAGUCAGAAGCAGAUUUAGAAUACAGCGAUGAUAAGUCAGAUAUUAAUAAAGAUGAAAAUGUAAUUAAAAAUAUUAAAAAACAGAUUGAAGUUGGAGUUGAAGUUAAUCCAAAUGUAUCUAGAUCUGUUUCAGAAGAUUUGACAAAUAUUCUAAAAUAUUCUGAUAAAAAAAGCCUAAUAGAUAUUUGGAAGUUAUCUUUUAAAAUAACUGUUUUCAAAGCAAUUCGUAGUCUUAUCACUCUUCACAAAUCUUA